AUGCUCGGGAAAAGCCACGGCGGAAAGUUGACGAUCACUUCAGUCGUUCCAUUGGUUCACGAGAGCGCUCCGCUGUCGCCGUCAAUUGAAAUCGCGUUGGCGCUGGUGAGCUCAAAAGACGACCAAUCAAUUGUCGGUAUUUACUAUUCAAAUGCAAGCUAUCAGGAUAAAAGUUUCAAUCCCUAUUCGAUUCGAUUAGCCGAGAAGAUUGCGGCCGUGACGGGGCAAAGCACAUAUUUAGCACAGGUCGUCAACUGGCAUUUGACAGCCGAUUGCUCGUCGCCAUGCAUAUCCGUUUAUCAACAACAAGAUUCCGGAAGUUGGAAGGAUAUUAAAGUUGACGUCGAUCCAGUUGCUUUAACGCUUGUUUCGUCAGCGCUUCAGAAGAAAUUGUACAGAGAAUUGGUCGACUUCGAGAAUCACCUCGACAAUCCAGAGCUCGAUUUCUACAAUUCAUCGCUCAAUCGAAUGCUUCGAGAAGAACUU